GGGUCGCUCUCAUGUCCUCCUCGAUUGACAGGCUGGGAAGCGAGGGAGGGCGGGAACUGGCGGCGGAACCCGAGAGUAUUGGAACAGGAGUACCGUGCGGUAUCGCAACAGCAGCUAGGCACACAAAAAUGACAGCGAUGGCGCUCACGGUCUGCGGGAUGGACUAAGAACUGACCUUUGGGAUUAUAGUGGAGAGGAAGUGGGAGGGUGUGUUUUUUGUGUGUCUGUGUGUGUGAGCCGGCUACAACAGCUGCUUGAGGGGACAGGUAACUUAUUAACAGCAAGACAGGAGCAAAGGGCUCACUACACCUUGGCCCAAAACAGAAACCGAUAUUUAGAAAUUGGCAUCACUGUAGUCACUCUCACCUUGUGACUACCUGAGGGCCGAUACAAAACCUCCUUCCUUGUGCGUGCACACACUUGGACACUCGAGUGUGUCUCCGUAUGUCUAGUAAAGAAGGAAACGGACACAAGCAGCACGCGCCUGGGUCACAUGCAAACAAUCAGCAAUAAGCACUCGGCUGGCUCUGCUUAGGUAGUGCUGGUAAAAAGGAGGUGGUAGUCGCUCCGGCCGGCAACACGCUGAGAGCUGUAAAGAAUAAAGCAUGGACCCUCUGGAGGAAUACCGCUCUCCGUUUGACUUUGAACAAGGAGUCAACACCAGCUAUCUCUACCUCUCCCCAGCCUUAAGCGACACACCGCCCAGCUCGCCAGCUGUCAAAACCAGAGGUUCCCAGGGCCAUCCGGACUCGGCCCCAGAGGUGGGAGAGGAUGCAGUGACGUCUGUUGGCGCUGCGUCCUCAACAACGCCCGACUUGACAGAGGAAGAGCGUCAGGAGCUGCAGGAGGAGCUGGCUAAGGUCGAAGAUGAGAUCCAGACUCUGUCCCAGGUGCUGGCAUCCAAAGACAAGCAGCUGGCUGAAAUUAAGAGGAAGCUGGGCAUCACUCCUCUUAAUGAGCUGAAACAGAACAUCACCAAAACCUGGCAGGAGGUCACUACCUCCACUGCCUAUAGGAGGACUUCUGAAACUCUGUCUCAGGCGAGUCUGAAGGCUACAGCAGCUUUCACAAAUAUGGGCUCAGCCAUCACCCGGAAGCUCGAGGAUGUCAGCUUAAAGUCAUUGCAGCACUCUGCUAGCAUGCCCGUCAUGAGAAACGCACCAACCUUCAGGUCGUUUGAGGAGAAAGUAGAGACUCUGAAGACCAAGAUGACCCCAUCACCAUCCACCAGUGAGACUGGCAUCCAGGACGGCGGGGAUUCUCCAACCGCUGAGGCUUCACUCAAUCAGCCAGACAACUCGCCCUCCCAGGAGGAGCCGAUGCACUGAGAGGGCCUAACCACUCUUGAGCUCUCUCUGUCGACCCUCUAACCCCCCGGGCCAUCUACACUCUCCCCCUAAACGCUGCGUGCCAGUUUCCCUUUAUUGGAAACCAGUGACUCCCUCCCCCCCACACUCCCAGCCUUCCUUGUGAUCUAAUUGUCGGAUCUUUUCUCAUGACACGUGCUCUCACUUGUUAACCACCGCGGAAAGUGAAAGCAUGGGAUGGGCGCAGGCAUGUGGUCUUUUGCUGUGUAUCUUCGAGUCUCUUCAGGCUCACUGUGGGAGAAAUCCUCCCUGCUGUGCCACUUUUCCUCUUCCCCUUCAUCUUCUCCCUCUCGCACUCCUCAUGCCUCUGCCUAACCUGCCAAACAUGCUCCAAUUUAUCAACACUGCGUUCAAAGAACAAAUGUAAAAAUGUAUGCCUUUCAGUGUCAUCGGGGUGUGACACCUGGUGCGAGUACUGUGGGUUAAAUUAGUCAGUUUUUCCCAAGUGCAAACACCGACUCGAAAAUAGGAAUUUCAGAGCACAGGAUGGGGGUGAAACACACACACAAAAAAUUCCCCCCUUUCUUUGCCUUUGUGAUGAUGUUGUCAGAGAACGAUCUCCACGCUCAGAUAGUUACAGGAAAACUGCCAAGAUCAGCGGAACAGAGAUAGAGCAAACACAGCGUCAAGGUUCAGCCUUGACCCGAGGUGAAAGAGGGAAAAAAAGAGCCAGAGUCAAUAUUUAAACACUUCAUUGUUCCUGCGUGGGAGGUAACACCUAAACCUCCCCACACUGUGCGUGAUAAAAGGCCUAGCAAGAGGAUACUUCACUGAUAUGAAAUAAUAUUGUAACAGAGAAGGUUUCCCUCCCUAUUUUGAAUAUGCGCACUAAGCUUAACAGGCUUUUUCCUGCUUUUUGGGGGGAAGUUGCAUAAAUAAUUGAAAUUCUGGUGGUAGAGUUUUGGCAUACUGCACAGGUACAUACAGUAUUGGGUAAAACAAAUAAAUGCUGCUUUCAGAGAUCAAUCACCAUUUCUGAGUGUUGAAGGUAACUUAGUGGUGCAUCUUCAGUGACCACUGUUUUCAGCUCACUAUUGAUCCUGCACAUCCUAGAAACUAUUGAACUGCUGAACAAUGAAUGAAUCGAGUUGCGUGCUACCCACGGGUGACGAUGGAGGCUCAAUGAACCUCGAAGGGCGAACAGAGCCAGGGUGGAGUCAGCCAGGGCUUCCUCUGAGACGUGAGCGUAACUAAACUACUGAUUUGUAACCCUUCCCCUCUUCUGGAUGCACGACCAACCUUGUGCAAGUCUUCUCCUGCUGGUGGUCCAAUCGUGCGUGUGAUUCAGCUCGCCCUUCGCCGUUAACGUCGCCAUGCAGACCAAGGGUCGGGAACACUGCUAUCCAGCCAUGAGCAAAUUUGUUGCAGCCUUUUAUCUGAGGCGCUUUUAUUUGGAGUCGUUUACUCAACACACACACAAACACAUUUGUUCAUGAAUGGAACCAUGGAGACAAGAAAUGCACUCUAAUUAAAAGACUUUUGAAGUAACCUGA